AUGGCCUCAGAGAGUGAGGAGGCGCCAUGCGGGAAGGGAAGGGAGGGGAAGAAGGAUGAGGAGGAGGAGCAAAACCGUGCGGCUGCCAUGACGUCGGUAGGCGACGACGGAGAGAGCCAAGUGAAGGCAGACUUCGUUGCUGUCAGCACAGCAGACGAUGAGACCAGAGCGUCUAGCGAUGUUCACCUGUCGUUUCAUAGAGAAAGGAUCCAGUGGCAUCGGGAGCUGAUAGAGAAGUUGAAGUUGGAUGAAGCUGCUGACGCUCUCAACUCCAAUAUCAGCCGCACCUUCAACCAGACCAAGGAUGACAUCGUCGGCAUCCUCCGCCGCUUUGACCUCUCCUCCCGCGACAAGUCAGGGGGCGAGGAGAACGGCUUGAUGGACGGCAAGAACCAGCGAGUACUGAAAGAAGCGCAGGAUCUGGUGGAGAAGACAUACGGGCUUGAGAAGGGUCCCACGCUGCUGCUCAAGUGCAUCGAUGGGAUGGACGGGAAGUUGAAGUCGAAAGACAUCGUCGUGCAGUGGGAUGACUCCUGGGAGAUGAUCCUUCAGAAGCUGAAGCGAGCGUUCAAGCGCGACGUGAUCUUCGAGUACGAGGUGGACGGCAGGAUAGUGCGAGUGCAGGACGACGAAGCGUUCGAUCGAGCCAUGGAGCUGGCGGAGAGCAGCGGGGGGAAGCUCUACGGGGUGAUCCAGCAGGCCAUGUGGAAGAAUCCGAUCAUCGAAGACCCGGAGCCUGACGAGCCGGAGCCCGAGGAAGAGCCUCUUCUCAUCACCUGCUCCGACAGGAUGGCGUACAACCCUGCUCCUUACAAGUUCCUGCUCGGCCUCGGCGGCUUCGGACUCGCUGCCUGCGUCGUCGCGUGCCUGGUCGGCUACCUUGUGCUGGGAGGUCCAGGGCCAUACCUGGGGGCGAUCUCGGGGACGAUCCCGCUGCAGUUCUUCGUGCAGUCGUUCAUCAUCUCCAACUCCGACAGCCUCCCGUUCGUUGCCGCCAAGUCCGUGGUCGCCAUCGCAGGGGCCGUCAUGGGAUGCCUGAGCCUCAAGGCCUUCAUAGAGGCCUCCAUCAUGGAGGGCGCUAUCGCCGCCGCUCUGUGCGUGUGCUCGACUCUGUUUCUCCUCUACGUGCUGUCGCCUCUGGUGUUCAAGUUUGUUCAGAACUCUCAGACGCACAACAAGCGCAAGGCAAGGGGGCGGAGAAGGAAGCAGCAGCGCAGGCUGCGAGAUAUCCCCCUCAUGGUCGCAGGGCUGCUGAGAAAGUUCUCGUCGCUCCUGCUGUACGUGGCGAUCCUCGGCCUCCUGCAGUAUCUCCCCAUGUACCACAUCUCCAACGUGGUUGCCGCCAACAAGCAGUACUCCGCCAUGGGCGCCAUGUACGCGAGGGGCGACGGGAAGGACAACCAUGUCUACUGCUCGGGCUAUACCGACCCGGCUGUCGUCAUCGACGACAAGCCCGCGGUCAUCUUCGAGUCCAUGGAGGGCUUCGGGCAGGCGCUUGCGGUCUCGGAGAUCAUGUCCAAGAUCGCGCGCAUCGGCAUCGCCUGCGCGUAUGACCGGGCCGGGUUCGGUUGGAGCCCCCCCACCAACAUGUCCAGGACUCCCUCGCAGAUCGCGUCGGAGCUGGCCUACAUGCUCACAAAGAACAACAUCUACGUCACCGUCCCUCCGCGCACCGGGCAGUCCAGCAGCCUGAUCCUUAAGGUGAACGUGCCUGUGGUGCUGGUUGGUCACUCGGUCGGAGCCUUCUACGUUCGAGCCUUCGCUCAGCUGUACCCCCAGUACACGGCAGCCAUGGUGAUCUGGGAUGGUCUUCCCUCAGAGGACGAGACGCUGACGACAAAGUUCGUCUCGUCAGCCAUGAAGGUUCUCUCCCCCACCAAGCUUCAGCUCUGCUACUACUACCUUGAGCCCAUGGGCCUCGCCGACCUCUUCCUCAAGAGCGUCAUCUACACCCCCCUCCUCAACGGAACUUACCUGGACCAGCCCCAGCCCGCGGGGAUCGGCGAGAACUACCAGCGCAUGUUGGCGAGGAUGAUCAGCUGGCCCUGGUGCGACGCGGUCUACAAGGAGUACAUCGACUUGUACUUCGGCCCCAGCCCGGGCAUCGCGUUCGUGUACGCGGGAGAUGCUGCCAAGUACGACAUACCGAUGGUCGUGUGGUCGCGAUACAACUCGGUCUACCAGAACAUGCUCAACGUGGUGGAUGACGUCAAGUACACCAUCGGCGGUCAAGACGCUUGUCUGCAGGAGAACACCAACAUCCAGAACCCUGCCGUCAACCAUCCGGAGGGGACGAAGGGAUGGCAGUGCGUUCAGUUCCACAUCCUCUCCUACUCCAAGAAGCCCUUCCUCAACCCCAACAAGAGGACGUGCUUCGUCAAGGGAAAGCCGGAGCUCGGCAACAACAACCCGUGCCCGGACAUCUACAGGUCCAUGUACAACGGCACCGAGCUCGCUCCCAUGCAGGGGACCAUGGUGCAGGCAGAGCUUGUCGACACCAUCCUCAACGCCUGGCAGAUGCUCAACUACACCGCCAACUUUCCCUCCACCCCGUUCGCUCUCGUCUUCCAAGGCUUCUCCCCGCAGCAGCUCUCGCCUCCGGGCUGCGUCAUCUCCAUCGACAACUUCAGGUCGGUGAUCAAGCAGAAGCUCAUCGCCGUGCUGGGCCUCAGGUUCGAGGGCCUCGCUCAGAUCGAGCUCAUCGAGGGUCCGACUGCUUGCCCGCGCUACAUCUCCCGACCCGGCUCAGGCCUCGUGCUCGGCCAGAUCAUCCCCGGCGAAUGCCCCGCGACAAUCUGCUACGACCUGAGCGUGUGCUCGACGCCAUGGACGAGCGCGAGGAACAUCGCGAGGAGGAAGACUGGGAACGUCAGCAUGACUCCCUCCUCGAGCGAGGAGAUCGAGUUGCAGAACAUCUACGCUGAGCACUACAUGGGCGCGGAGGGAGGAGACGGGGUAGUGCAUCUGGACGCGUUUGCUGAGAUGGCGUUCUUCGUUCUCUUUAGGAUCGUCGGGUUCAAGAACAUCGUCGUGCAAAAUGCCGCCAACGUUCUCUUGUGCCCCAGCACUGAAUGUGACCAGCUGCCCCUCGACCCGCGAGAGGCCACGGGAGUCUCUCCCAACACAACCCAAGUGAGGGCUGAGGAGCUCAACCGCCGGAACGCCUUCUACACACAGUACAAUGUGACCACGAUCCUGUCGAGCGAGAGGACACUCUCGAGCAACACCUGGAAGGUGAUCUCCAACGCGCUGCUGCCCUCCUGCCCGGAGAAUACCUACGUGUAUGGCGGGGGAUGUCGCCAGUGCCCUGCCAACUCCACAUCGCCGGCAGGGUCGGUGAGUGAGACUGCGUGUGUGUGCGACCGCAACUACUACAUGAACCUCGUCGACUCCGAGUACGUCUGCAUCCACUGCCCCGACAACAUGCAGAGCGUCCAAGCCAGCACCGCCAUCACCGACUGCAAGUGCAACCCGGGAUACACGGGCCCGGAUGGCGUCGCCUGCACUCCCUGCCCAGUCAACACGUACAAGGCAGUGCUCGGAGACUUUCCUUGCACCUACUGCAAUGCCUCCAACGUCGGCUGCCCCACCCGGCGUUCAAAGCCACUGCAGCAGAGAAGGAGGCGCUGGUGAACUGCCAUGCUGCCGCCGUCUCAGCUCCCGGAUCGACGCCGGGGAUGCCGGGGAAGGUGAUACAUCCCAUCUUCGGGGAGAUCCAGAUGAACAACACCUUCGGCACCAACUGCUCCUACGCCGCCCCGUCCCUGGAGGUCUGCACAAACUUCUCAGGUCUGAGCCGGCACCCGGAGUCGACCUUCUCCCAGUUCAACUGCACCUACGGCCCCGUGAACAGCGAAAUGGUCACGAUCGGGUCCUUCAACAACCGCAAGGUCAACAUGCAGUAUUGUAUCUUCCUGGGUCAGCCGCCUGAUCAGUCCUGCAAGGCCUUUGGAAACGUCUCCCUUCAGCGAUGGCCUGUGACGACCAGCUGCGUUCCGUGCUUCGCGCUGUCGGGGAGCCCCCAGUGCUGCUUCCUGGAGCACCUGGUCAGGCCCUGCUCGCCGGCAUACCCGGGCGGGUCUCCCGGACACUGUGUGGAGGUAGGAGCAGAGAUUCCCAAGGACCCGGCUCUUGUACAACUUUGUUCAACGACAUGACGACGGUAAAGCAAGCAAGUGAGGAAACAUCUGAGAGUGAGAGGAGAAGAGGAGAACAGCAGGAUGUCAAACGGCUAUGAUGUCAAGAGCAAACCAACGUUGAGCAACAGUCGCUCCCAAGUUCUUCCGCCGCCAUGACCUCAUCGCGCCGCUCUGAAGCCAUGAGCCAGGGCGUGAGAGGCCUCGCCCGUCAUGAUUGAUCACCUGAAACAAGUGAGAGUAGGACACUGACAAGCUGAUCAAAGCAGAAGCGCUUCUCUGCUAGGUUUGACUCACAUCUUGAAAAUUCAGUUUGAGGUCAAACCCAAGACCAGAUUAGGAAAGAAAGAUUCAAGGAUUGACUUGAUUUUAUUGAGGUGACAAGCUAGAAUACAUUCCAUCAGCAUCGACAAGCUUUCUUUAUCAGUACAAACCCUUGUCAUCUUG